UUGUAUAUAGCUGAAAUGAAUGCCACCAUUCCACCUUUUUGGAACCUUUGAAUUAGGCGAUGAGUUUUUAUUUGUUUCAUACAUACAUGCAAAUGCAGAAACGAGAUAAUUGGAUAUCAUGAUCUGGGGUUUACUAAUUUUUCCACCAAGAUCAUGAUAUAUCUCAUUUCAUAUACCUUCCAUUUUUUUUUAUAUCUUUUUCUUCGUCAUUUCUAAUCAACAACCUAACUUCUAGAUUCUCAUGAAGUAUAUUCCUGGCUUUGAAUCUUGGGGUGUUUUAGUUAAAACCUUAUUAUAUAAUUAAAGUAGUAAUUAAUGGAUUCAGGAUCAUUCAAGUGCUUUGGUGAUCAGAAGUUGGGAAAAUUUGUACAUUUCUUCGUAUAUGCUAUUCUUGAAUGGGUGUUGAUCAUUACGCUUUUCAUUGAUGGAUUUCUUGCAUUUUUUGCCAAUGAAUUUGCCAGAUUCUUUGAAUUAAAUAUUCCAUGCUUGCUUUGCACGAGGAUAGAUCAUGUUCUUGUGCAUAGGAACUCAAAUUUCUAUUACAAUGAUUCCAUUUGUGAUGUUCACAAGAAGGACCUUUCUUCCCUUGCCUAUUGCCAUGUUCACAAGAAGCUCUCUGAAAUCAAGAAUAUGUGUGAAGGCUGCCUUUUGUCAUUUGCAACCGAGAAAGAUGCCGAUUGCCAUAGGUACAAGUCACUAGCUGGGAUUUUGCACAAGGACAUUGAUUGCUUUGUAGGGGAUGAUAUGAAAACAGGGAAGAAAGAAUUAGAUGAGACCAUCCAAAUAGAGAAGGGUAUAGUACAUAGGUGUUCUUGUUGUGGGGAGCCUCUAAAAAUGAAGUCCAAAUAUGCAAGGAACACAUCAAUAAAUGGAAGGUCUUAUUCUCAAGCUCCUGCACCUUCUCCUCGAGCUUCUCCUAGAGCUCCAUUAUUAGGUGCAUGGAGAAAUAUUGAGGAAGCACGCCAUGUUGAAUCGCCUCGCAUUCGCUACACAGAGCUCAAGUUCAUACCAGAUGAUGAAGGCCCCUCAAAUGCAGGUAAAGAGAAUGUGAAAGCUGCUACUAUGCCACUGCUAGCACAUUCCGAAAUCACACAUGAAGCUCCCUGCAAAACCCCAAAUUGUACAAGAAACAAAUUUUUUGGAAUUCCAUUAACAGACUCAGCUCACGAAAGUCCUAGGUUGUCGCGUCACAGGCCCAGAAAGUCAUGGCUUAGUGAUAAAAUUGAAGUCACUUCAGAGGCUAAUGACACAAGUAGUGCAUUGAACGAAUUGGAAGACGACAUCUUGCAUCGGUUGAAAAAGCAGGUUCAUUUGGACCGUAAGUCUCUGGUGGCACUAUACAUGGAAUUAGACGAAGAAAGAAGUGCAUCUGCUAUUGCAGCGAAUAAUGCAAUGGCUAUGAUCACUCGUUUGCAAGCCGAGAAAGCAGCUGUUGAAAUGGAAGCAUUUCAGUAUCAGCGAAUGAUGGAAGAGCAAGCAGAAUAUGAUCAAGAGGCGUUGCAGUUCAUGAACGACGAGCUUUUGAAGAAAGAGGAAGAGAUGAAGGUGUUAGAAGCUGAACUUGAGACUUAUAGGGAAAAAUAUGGACAUAUAAAGACUGUAGGUAGUGAAGUUUGUGAAGUUGAUGCUGAUGAAGAUUAUCAAGAACUGAAAUCUCAGUGUUUAUCAUCUAUUAGUGAGAGAUCAGAUUGUGCCAGCCUGGAUGAAGUAGAUCGGCAUAGACUAAACGAGCGUCCAUUUCAGUGUUCCGGGGAAAAUGGAGGGGUCAAUGUGGAUGAUUCACAACUUGAUUUUGAGAAACAAAGAUCUUAUCUUAUGGGUUUGUUGACAGAUGUUGUAGAGAAAAUUAAAACAUCUCCUGAAGACGGAUCUCAUAUGUUGGAACCCAACAUGACUGAAGAAAAAGGAAGUGAAAAUAAGGUCACUCUCACAAGAGAAGUGUCAUUAAUUGGAGAGAGGUUGAGAGCCAUUGAAGCAGAAAGCGGCUUCUUAAAACAUGCUGCGAUGACAUUACAGAGCGGUGAUGAAGGAAGCAAACUCUUAACUGAGAUAGCUCAACAUCUGCAGAAGCUAAGACGCUCGGUCAAUACCUCAUCAGCAGAUGCAGAUGCUGGGAUUCAGUCCAAAUAAGGUGAAAUUGGCAAGGAACCAGACAACUCUGGUAUAAUCCAGCAAGCUACUCACCUUAGCUUAGUCCAAGUGGAAACACCGAGAAGCCACGAAUCGUUUGGACUUGGCAAUUGAGUUAAAUGUAACACUCGUGAUGAUACACUUUAUGAAGAUUCCAGAAGUUACUCUAGUGGAGAAUGAAGAACUAUUGUUGUUAAACAAUAUAUGUAAAUAUACGUACGUACAUACAUACAUACAUAUGUUUUCAUUUAUAUUACAUACACACAAAUCUAUAGAUAAUGAAAGACUUUCUCACGGUUGUGACU